CCAGCUUGAGUCAAGCGACACGAUGCAUCCUCCAGACCUGGGCCGAGCGCUGUGCAUCAUCACCGGUGCGUCCAGAGGCUUUGGGCGGACUAUAGCCCAGGAAUUAUCCCACGUAGUAAAGCCUGGCUCUGCGUUUGUCCUGGUGGCGCGGUCGGGGGAUGAUCUUCGGACUUUGCAGGCAGAACUGACCGAUUCAGAAGCGGGCAGAGCGGGCCUCCGGGUUCAAUAUGUAGAGGCUGACCUGGGACUGCCUGAGGGGCUGGAGAGAGUCACUACAGCGGCUAAAGAGGUGGCUACAGAUCUUAUAGAUCACGUUUUGUUGGUCAAUAACGCAGGGUCUCUGGGUGACAUAUCUGGAUUCACAAAGUCUUUUACUGACAUGGCAGAGGUGAACUCCUACUUGUCUCUGAACGUCAGCUCCUUUCUGUGCCUCACUGCUCAAAUACUGCAGGCCUUCCCUCAGCGCCCUGGCUUAAGACGUUCUGUGGUCAACAUCUCUUCUCUGUGCGCUCUCAAGCCCUUCUCCUCCUGGGUCCUGUACUGUUCCGGCAAAGCAGCCCGGGACAUGAUUUUCAGGGUGCUAGCAGAAGAAGAGCCAGACCUUCGGGUGCUCAACUACGCUCCCGGACCCCUGGACACAGACAUGCAGUUGGAGGCCAGGUCAAAAAGCGGCGACAUGCUGCUACGCAAGUCCUGCAAUGAGAUGUUCAGUAAAGGUCAGCUGCUGUCAUGUGAGGAGUCCUGUGGCAAACUGAUGAAGCUCCUGAUGGAGAACACCUACACCUCUGGAGCACACAUAGACUUUUAUGACAUUUAAGUUCAAAAUGCACUAAUCUCAUGACUGUGCCUUUUUUGAAAUACAGAACGUUACAGUUGGUUCUAAAUCAAUAAACGAUGUGUUACCUCAGUAUUUAACAUUUGUACCUUUAUGUAUUGUAUUUAAAGCAUUCUCUUUAUCCUGAUGUUGUGGACCAAUGCGCAAGUGCCUAAUAUGUGCCAAAUUUAUCUCACACUAAUUGAGUACGAUAACCUUCUUUUUUUUUAUAACCUUUAAUUAUAGUUUGUUAAUUCAAAGAUGUACAUUUAUGUUUCCAUUGUACUAACACAAAACCUGUGAGAUUAUAUAGAAAAAUGUAAUAAAUAAUCUGCGAAAUUGAGUAUGUUGUGAAGCUAAAUGAAAGAAAUAAAAAUAUGCAAUGUAGCAUUUGGCAAUAAAAAAGAUUUGAC